UCCCGGAGGCGAGGGAAGGCGGCAGAGCCCGGGAGUCCCUGGGCGGUCACGGGGGACGGGACCUUUCCCCGUGGAGCGCGUAGGCGACCGUGGAGCUCCAGGGGUUCGCGCGCACACCUGCUGGGCCCCUGUGGUCGGGAGAUCGAGAGGAAGGAGAAAGACGCCGAGUGAGGUCACGGAGCCCGCGAGGGUGGACUCGGCUCUUGGCCUGACCACCCAGGAGGUGGCCGAAGGGAAGAGGGCGGGGCUGCCUGCAGGUGUUUGCUGUGAGGGAGCAGUUCGGGGCUGUGCGCAGCUGCUUUAGGGAGCUCCCUUUUAAAACGCGUUAGCCGGCGACUUCCUGGUUGCAGCUAAGUGGCCCUUCCAGGGUCAGGAAGGGCCUGGAUGCGGAGGGACCGACUUAGAACCAAGGUUUUGGGAUUUGAGAUCGACGCAGUGAACUCUGUCCAGUUUUCAAACCACACAGGCUAUGCCCACUGGAAGGGCCAAGUGUUGAAUUCAGAUGAGCUCCAGGAGUUGUACGAGGGCCUGAAGCUGAACGGCGUGAAUAAAUACGACUACGUGCUCACAGGUUACACAAGGGACAAGUCGUUCCUGGCCAUGGUGGUGGACAUCGUGCGUGAGCUGAAGCAGCAGAACCCCGGGCUGGUGUACGUGUGUGAUCCGGUCCUUGGUGACAAGUGGGACGGCGAGGGCUCCAUGUAUGUCCCGGAGGACCUUCUUCCUGUUUACAAAGAGAAGGUGGUGCCGGUUGCAGAUAUUAUCACGCCCAACCAAUUUGAGGCCGAGUUACUGAGUGGCCAGAAGAUCCACAGCCAGGAGGAAGCCGUGGCGGUGAUGGACAUGCUGCACUCCAUGGGCCCCGACACGGUGGUCAUCACCAGCUCUGACCUGCCCUCCCCUCGGGGCAGCGACUACCUGAUUGUGCUGGGGAGCCAGAGGAGGAGGAGUCCCGACGGCUCCACAGUGAUGGAGCGCAUCCGGAUGGACAUUCGCAAGGUGGACGCCGUCUUUGUGGGCACCGGGGACCUGUUUGCUGCCAUGCUCCUGGCGUGGACACACAAGCACCCCAGCAACCUCAAGGUGGCCUGUGAGAAGACCGUGUCUGCCAUGCACCAUGUUCUGCAGAGGACCAUCCAGUGUGCAAAAGCCCAGGCCGGGGAAGGAGUGAAGCCCAGCCCCAUGCACCUGGAGCUGCGGAUGGUGCAGAGCAAAAGGGACAUCGAGGAGCCGGAGAUCGUCGUCCAGGCCGUGGUGCUGUGAGGGCCGCAGCGCUCCCCGUGACGCGCAGUGCGUCGGUGUCUCCGUGUCUGUCCCUGUGAAAACAUGUAACGUUUCAACCGAAACCUGAUAUUUUUUUCUUUCAUGAGUGUCCAGCAUCCGCUGGUCUUCAUUGUGAAAUGUGCCAGUCGUGCUUUGUGAAAAAUAACAAAGCGGUCACAGAAA